AUGAGAGUGCUCAGUGUUGUCCUUGUUCUGGUGCUGUGUGUGUGCAGAGGAGCUGCAGGCGUGCAGGUUAAGGUUGGAGACAGGAGCUUCCCGCUGGAGGCAGCGAAGCAGCUGAAGGAGCUGAUGGAUUUAGACGACGACAUUAGCCCUAACCUGUCGGAGACGAGCGUUGUGGCCGUUUGCGCCAACCCUCUCCUGCCGCAGAUCUUUCGGCCUGUGUGUCAAGGGAAGGGAGCAGGCAUCACUUUCUCCAGGCUUGUGUAUAUCAUCACGCCUUCGGAUCCUUGUGAAAUAUGCGCCAACCCCUCCUGUUACGGGUGUUUGAACUGA